AUGGCCAUCCCAGAGCCCCAGUCCCUCCAGUCCCAGAGCCCCAGUGUCCCCCAGCCCCAGAGCCCCAGUCCGUCCAGUCCCAGAGCCCAAGUCCAUUCUGCCCCAGAACCCCAGAACCCCAGUCCCUCCAGCCCCAGAGCCCCAGUCCCUCCAGUCCCAGAGCCUAAGUCCAUCCAGCCCCAGAGCCCCAGUCCCUCCUGUCCCAGAGCCAAAGUCCCUCCAGCCCCAGAGCCCCAGUCCCUCCUGCCCCAGAGCCCCAAGCCACAGUCCCUCCUGUCCCAGAGCCCCAGUCCCUCCAGCCCCAGAGCCCCCAGUCCCUCUUCCCCCAGAGCCCCAGUCUCCCCCUGUCCCAGAGCCCCAGUCCAUCCAGCCCCAGACCCCCAGUCCCUCCAGUCCCAGAGCCUGACCCUCCAGUCCCAGAGCCCCAGUCCCUCCUGUCCCAGAGCCCCAGUCCCUCCUGACCCAGAGCCCAAGUACCUCCUGCCCCAGAGCCCCAGUCCAUCCUGCCCCAGAGCCCCAGUCUCCCCAUGUCCCAGAGCCCCAGUUCCUCCUGUCCCAGAGUCCCAGUCCCUCCAGCCCCAGAUCCCCAGUCCCUCCAGCCCCAGAGCCCCAGUCCCUCCUGCCCCAGAGCCCCAGUCCCUCCAGCCCCAGAGUCCCAGUCCCUCCAGUCCCAGAGCCCCAGUCCCUCCAGUCCCAGAGCCUCAGUCCCUCCAGUCCCAGAGCUCCAGUCCCUCCACUCCCAGAACCCCAGUCCCAGAGCCCCAGUCCCUCCUGUCCCAGAGCCCCAAGCCCCAGUCCAUCCAGCCCCAGAGCCCCAGUCCCUCCAGUCCCAGAGCCCGACCCUCCAGUCCCAGAGCCCCAGUCCCUCCUGUCCCAGAGCCCCAGUCCCUCCUGACCCAGAGCCCAAGUACCUCCUGCCCCAGAGCCCCAGUCCCUCCUGCCCCAGAGCCCCAGUCUCCCCAUGUCCCAGAGCCCCAGUUCCUCCUGUCCCAGAGUCCCAGUCCCUCCAGCCCCAAAGCCCCAGUCCCUCCAGCCCCAGAGCCCCAGUCCCUCCAGCCCCAGAGCCCCAGUCCCUCCAGCCCCAGAGUCCCAGUCCCUCCAGUCCCAGAGCCCCAGUCCCUCCUGUCCCAGAGCCCCAGUCCCUCCAGUCCCAGAGCCCCAGCCCCUCAAGCCCCAGAGCCCGAGUCCCUCCUGCCCCAGUCCCUCCUGCCCCAGAGCCCCAGUCCCUCCUGUCCCAGAGCCCCAGUCCCUCCAGCCCCAGAGCCCCAGUCCCUCCAGCCCCAGAGCCCCAGUCCCUCCAGUCCUAGAGCCCAAGUCCCUCCUGUCCCAGAGCCCCAGUCCCUCCAGGCCGAGAGCCCCAGUCCCUCCAGCCCCAGAGCCCCAGUCUCCCCCUGUCCCAAAGCCCCAGUUCCUCCUGUCCCAGAGUCCCAGUCCCUCCAGCCCCAGAGCCCCAGUCCCUCCAGCCCCAGAGCCUCAGUCCCUCCAGCCCCAGAGCCCCAGUCCCUCCAGCCCCAGAGCCCCAGUCCCUCCAGUCCCAGAGCCCCAGUCCCUCCAGUCCCAGAGCCCCAGUCCCUCCAGCCCAAGAGCGCCAGUCCCUCCUGCCCCAGAGCCCCAGUCCCUCUACUCCCAGAGCCGCAGUCCCUCCAGUCCCAGAGCCCCAGUCCCUCCAGUCCCAGAGCCCCAGUCCCUCCACUCCCAGAACCCCAGUCCCUCCAGUCCCGGAACCCCAGUCCCAGAGCCCCAGUCCCUCCUGUCCCAGAGCCCCAGUCCCUCCUGUCCCAGAGCCCCAGUCCCUCCUGUCCCAGAGCCCCAGUACCUCCAGUCCCAAAGCCCCGGUCCCUCCAGUCCCAAAGCCCCGGUCCCUCCAGCCCCAGAACCCCAGUCCCUCCAGCCCCAGAGCCCCAGUCCCUCCAGUCCCAGAGCCUAAGUCCCAACAGUCCCAGAGCCCCAGUCCCUCCAGUCUCAGAACCACAGUCCCAGAGCCCCAUUCCCUCCAGUCCCAGAGCCCCAGUCUCCGCCUGUCCCAGAGCCCCAGUCCAUCCAGCCCCAGAGCCCCAGUCCCUCCUAGCCCCAGUCCCUCCAGUCCCAGAGCCCCAGUCCCUCCAGUCCCAGAGCCCCAGUCCCUCCACUCCCAGAAACCCAGUCCCAGAGCCCCAGUCCCUCCUGUCCCAGAGCCACAGUCCCUACUGUCCCAGAGCCCCAGUCCCUCCAGCCCCAGAGCCCCAGUCCCUCUUCCCCCAGAGCCCCAGUCUCCCCCUGUCCCAGAGCCCCAGUCCAUCCAGCCCCAGACCCCCAGUCCCUCCAGUCCCAGAGCCUGACCCUCCAGUCCCAGAGCCCCAGUCCCUCCUGUCCCAGAGCCCCAGUCCCUCCUGA